UGCUGCCUUUUCAGUGGAGCAAGGUAAAAGAAGCUGCAGCAUUCCCCAGCAGCAAACAGACUACCUUAAAGAAACAGUUUCCAGCCCUCUGAAAUUGCCUUCAACAUUCCAGGAAUGGAUUGCUGAAGAAGUGAACAUGGAAAAACAAGAAGAAAAUGACUCAGCAUUAAAUGCACGAAGGUGAAAUAUGACGAUGAAAAAAUGGCAGAGAAGCCUAAAUUUUGUCCAUGUGACCUUGGAGAUGUAUUUGAUUAUCAGCCCCUUGGAAGUGAAGUGUCAAUUGACCAUAUUAAGGCCUAUGUGAAGAAGCCCCCUUUUCAGACUGAUGCAGCUGUACUUGUGAUUCAUGACAUAUUUGGAUGGCAACUGCCAAAUACUAGAUAUAUUGCCGAUUUGGUUGCUUCCAAUGGAUACAUUACAAUUUGUCCAGACUUUUUUAAGGGAGGAGAACCUUGGAAACCAUCUAAUGAUAUAUCUAAAUUAAAUGAAUGGCUAAAGGACCGAGAUCCCAAAAAUAUAGAUAGGGAAAUCGGUGUGGUCUUGAAAUAUUUGAAGGAAGAAUGUAAUGUGACGAGGAUAGGCACCAUUGGCUUCUGUUGGGGUGGAUCUGCUGUACAUCAUUUGAUGUUGAACUAUUAUAUAUUUUCUGUAGGCGUGUCCCUCUAUGGAGUUGUCAAUUUAAUGGAGGACAAUUUCAACCUGAAAAAUCCCACAUUUUUCAUUGUUGCAGAGAAGGAUGAGCACAUUCCUGUUGACCAGUAUACUCAGGCAACAAAGAAGUUGGAACAGCAAUGCAAAGUUGAUUUUGAAGUGAAAAUAUAUCCCGGGCAGACCCAUGGCUUUGUACAUCGCAAGAGAGAAGAUAUUAAUCCUCAAGAUAAACCUUACAUUGAGGAAGCAAGGAGGGAUAUGUUGGCCUGGUUGCGUAAAUAUAUUUAGUAAUUGGUGUACUCAAUCAAAAUAUGAAAUAAGAGCUUUUUUUUUUUAUUAAUGGAAAAAAGUAAUGCUAAAUGUAUCUUUAACACCAAGGUGUAAGCUAUGAGUACUUAAAUGCAUAUUUUUCUCUGCUAUAAGCAAAUGUCUACAGCAAUAAUGUCUCAGCUGCUGUUUGGAACAAUCUCCUCCCCUAGAUGACAUACCUACCAGAAUCAGGUUUAUGGUUCUUUGUUCUUACAUGCAAACUUGUUUUAUACUUUUCUCUCCGAAACAAUGCUGUCGAAUCAGCAAACAUUUCUUUAGAGUAAGAAUUGUUCAUAAAACACAAUAGAGCUCUUUGGGUUAUCUAUGACGUACAAGUUUAAAUCUUUCAUAGAUCCCCUAGAUGGAAACUGUGAUACUGUAUUUUUUAUGUUCCUAACAGUUAAAAUAUGGAGAUAUUUUAAAUCUGUUUUCCAUGCCGAUUCCUUCAUUCAAUAAAAUUUAAAUUGUGAUGUCAGUUCA